CACCGCCGUUUGAGACGCCCUACUUCCCUUUCCCCCCCUCUGACCCUCUCCCUUGCCAAAACAGCUCCCUCCCAAAACGCCCGCCUGAAAAUGGCGGGCCUAGGCGGCGCCGGCGGCUGGGGCGGCUUAGACGACGACGACUGGGGCCUAAGCGAGGAGCAGUACGACAAGCUCGAGCAGGACGCCUACCGCGCGAUUGCGGAGCGCAAGGCUUCCUCUUCCGCCGCCUCCACCGCCCCCGCAAUCUCGCCGCUCCCCAACCGCGCCCUAUCGCCGGCGGCCACGCUCUCUUCGCCGCUCAGGAACGAGCACCCCGCCUCCAGGGUCUCCCUGGAGUCUCGCUUCGGCAAGGCAGAAUCACUUUCACCUUCUCGGCUUAGUCAACCAAAUGCAGUGAAUAAUAGUCAGAGCAGCUGGCCUAAGAUAUCUAUACAUCUUUUCCUUCAUUCUAGUGGUGUGAUUGCAGCGAAGUUCCCCUAUCACCAGAAACUCGUGGAUGCAUUUCACAAGAUCCCGAAAGCUAGCUGGAAUGGAAAAGAAAGGGUGUGGACGUUCCCUCCGACAUGUUUAUCAAUAGCGGAGGAAGUUCUUCAUGCCGUACCUGGAUUAGUUGUUGAGGUUCAAAAAUUGGACCCGUUAGUUCAGCGGGCUUUUGCUGCUGCUUUAGCUGCCAAAGAUCUUCGAGGUUUGUAUGACAAGAUUCCAGCGGAUGUUGAGUCGAAGCUUAUGCCCUUUCAGCGUGACGGGGUCAGGUUCGCUUUGCAACAUGGGGGCAGAGUGCUGAUAGCAGAUGAAAUGGGUCUUGGAAAGACAUUGCAGGCAAUUGCUGUUGCUUCUUGCCUUCAUGAUGCCUGGCCAGUUCUUGUUAUCUCUCCAUCUUCAUUGCGAUUACAUUGGGCUUCUAUGAUUCAGCAGUGGCUUAACAUCCCUACGGAAGAUAUCUUGGUGGUGUUACCACAAACUGGAGGAUCAAAUAAGGCAGGAUUCAGAUUGGUGUAUUCAAAUACCAAAGGAGAUUUUCACUUGGAUGGGUUGUUCAAUGUCAUAUCUUAUGAUGUAGUCCCCAAGAUACAAAGCACUCUUCUGGACUUGGAUUUUAAGAUAGUUAUAGCUGAUGAGUCACACUUCCUGAAGAAUGGCCAAGCAAAGAGAACAAUCGCUUCACUUCCUGUUCUGCAGAAAGCCCAAUAUGUGGUUUUGCUAAGUGGAACGCCUGCCUUAUCUCGCCCCAUCGAGUUGUUUACUCAGCUCCAGGCGUUAUAUCCUACUGUCUACAAGAAUGUAAAUGAAUAUGGCACUAGAUACUGCAAAGGUGGGUAUUUUGGGCUAUAUCAAGGCGCUAGCAAUCAUGAGGAGCUGCAUAAUUUGAUGAAAGCAACUGUCAUGAUACGCAGGUUGAAGAAAGAUGUUCUUUCGGAGUUGCCUGUUAAGCGUAGGCAACAGGUCUUUCUAGACUUAAGUGAGAAAGAGAUGAAACAUAUCCGCGCUCUUUUUCGUGAGUUGGAGACUGUCAAGAUCAAAAUGCAGUCAUGUGACUCACAGGAGAUGAUCGACUCUCUGAAAUUUAAUCAAAAGAAUAUUAUCAAUAAGAUCUAUAAUGAUUCGGCUGAUGCCAAAAUUCCAGCAGUGCUUGAUUACCUGGCCACUGUAAUUGAGGCUGACUGCAAAUUUUUAAUAUUUGCACACCAUCAACCCAUGAUUGAGGCUAUUCACCAACAUCUCUUGAAAAAGAAAGUCAAAUGUAUAAGAAUUGAUGGCCAAACACCUGUAGCUGUAAGGCAAAAUUUGGUCACGGAUUUUCAGAACAAGGAUGACAUCAAGGCAGCAGUGAGCUGGAAGAGAGCACCAAGUCUAGGCCAUGGUAGAUAUGUUUGCCUUAUAUUCAAUAAUAAGGCGAACAAUCACGAAGAUUUGAAAGCAGAUGUAUUAUCCAUCAAAGCUGGAGGUGUGGGGUUAACUUUGACAGCAGCAAGUACAGUUAUCUUUGCUGAGUUAUCAUGGACUCCAGGUGACAUUAUUCAAGCAGAGGAUCGUGCCCACCGGAUUGGUCAGGUUUCUUCGGUGAACAUAUAUUACCUUCUCGCAAACGACACAGUAGAUGAUAUUAUAUGGGAUGUUGUUCAAGGCAAACUUGAGAAUUUGGGGCAGAUGCUGGAUGGGCAGGAGAAAACGCUGAACGUCUCGCAGAGUGAAACGAGACCAAGCCCCUCAAAGCAGAAGACGCUUGACACCUACCUCAAGCGGUGCAGCACUUCCACAGAAGCCCAACCCAGCCCGAAAAGCCGCAGGUUUUGACGGAUAGACCAACGUGUCGCAGUGUGAUCAAGCGCAUGCUUUUGUUGUUUCUUGACAGGAUUGGUCCUGCCGUGUAUCACCGUCGUAAACAAAUGCGGUGUCGGGUUAGUCUGUAUGGCAGCACCGGCCGGGAUUGGGCAGUGUUGCCUUGUUGUAUUUGGAUAUCAGUAGUAUGUGAGAGUACUACCAUCUUAGUGACUGUAGUAAUGGUGAAUGAAGCUGUGGACAUGGUAGAGUUUCACUAGUAAUAUUAGAUGACAACGAGAA